AUGAGUAGUGAAGAGAGAUUAUCAGCUUUUAUACAUGAGGUGUCAACUGAAGUGAUGGAAAUUGAUAGCAAUUUAUCAGAAGUAAUCCCUCAGGAUCAGCCUUCAUUAAAUACAGAGGUUCAGGAAUAUUUACCAGUUGGUACUUCUCUAGCCGUAACAAAGGAUAAAAUUAAAAAGACUAGAAAAAUGGUUAAAAUUUUUAGUGAUGAUCCAUCUAGAAUUCAAUUUGUUUGUUUAUUUUUUGUAGACCAGCUCUCGACUUUUAAUGAAGAUAAUAUCAACUUCAUAAAAUCAAAAUUACCAAAGCCUGAAAUGUCAUGA